CUUGAUCCCUAAAAGAGAUUUCAAGUGAACAGUGAUCCUCAUUUCAUCACCACGUGACCAUCAACAUGAAACAUGAUAAUGAAAAUCGGUACCUUGAUAGCUCUAUUGACGACCGGCAAAUCAAUAACAGAUAUAGCUACUGUUGAAAUAGAUUUUGAAAAAGAUGAGAUCGCCCUAUGAUAUCACCAUACUGCUCUCGCUGCUAUCGAUGACUGCACCAUGGUAUAUUUUGCAAUUACCGGCAACUGGAGCGCAUUAUAUCAAUCUCUGGACCUUUUCGGAUUCAGAUACAUCAACUGAUAUCAGUGCCAAAAUUGGCAAUGGACAUCGGCAACACCAACGCAGCUUUUAUCAACGAAAAUACCGUUCGAGCCGACUAAGUAAACGCAGCUUGCGAAGAGAAAAGAAUCAACGACAGCUUCAGCGGGGAAAGAAAGCAGAAGGUCAAUUAGAUCUAGAAGGCUCUGAGCUUAGGAAACUUCACCCGAUUUUGCCUACUUCGAGACAACAAGAUGCUGAAAUAUAUGUUAAUUCCGAAAGCGGAGACGAUUCUUCGAAUGGUUCGACUCCGUCACAAGCCGUGAAGACCUUGGCGCGAGCAUUGCAAUUGGUUGCAUCGUUCGAGCGUACUCAGAAACAAAACUUGAUUGUUAAAUUGAACGGAACCUUCGAGAUGGGCGAAAGGCUUGUUCUCAAUAAAAAACAUAGAGGGACCAGCAAAAACAGUCGGGUCGUUUUCCGUGGAGGACACGGCGACGGAGGUACGGCGAGAAUAUUGGGAGGAAUGCCGCUUCAAUUUAUGCCCGGUGCGUCUCGAAAAAGUUUAUCUCGUUUUCUCUCAAUCUUCCGAUCGGUGAUGUAGAAGCGAUGAUACAGUAAUGCAUUUAUCUUUCGCUUGCCUACUGACUCUGUCUUCACACAAACACACACACGCAUGAAUCAUAGUCAGUAACCUAGAUUAUGAUAGCCCUGGAAAGAAAUUAGCAGAAUCGAUUGGUGUCGAUAUCGACAAACUAUUGGCAGCUCCACCUCCCAAAGGAUUUCCAUCCCUGGCCAAACUCAACAGAUGGACAGAUGGUGACUGUCGAGACACAGACAAUUAUGUCUCCCCUCCAAUUAUCAAUGGCAAUAGAGUUCUUACUCGCGCGAGAGAACCGAACCUUCCACCAAGCACGGCCGAUCUCGAGGACGAGGAAAACAUGGGUGAAGUCCUGGACACGUGGUUGAGGACGAAAUGACGCAGCGAUAACGGGAUCACAUUUUUCAAGGAUUCCGACAAGUCCUCGAUUUUCAAGGCGUCUGAUGCAAGCUGGAACUCCGGUUCUGUUACAAUUUACAUUUUUCCCCAGGUAGAUUGGUUUGAUGCACGUGUUCCAGUAGGAAAGCGAUCUACAACUAGCUUCGCAUCGAACACAAACCAAAAAGAUGCCGGCGAUCCUGAAGGAGGAAAUAAAUUCAAAAUUCUUCC